AUUUCAUACAGUCGCUUUCGUUCAUCUGGUUGAUGGUGAUUAAUGGAAUUAAAGUGCGCGGAAAAUUAUAACAUAGAUUAAGCAGGAACAGGUGGAAACUUUUCGCAACUCAAGUUUGGGGGAAAAAUGAACGUUAAGUUCGACAGUUAACACAUGAUGAAAUAUUUGUCGAAUAAGUGUAUAUUUUCAAUUGCGUUGUUUGCAAUCUGUGGAUUAGAAUUGUUUUCCACCGAAGUGAUAAUACAAAAUGGAAACGAUGUGAUCGGGAUCAAUGGGCUUUCGGGAAAUGAAAAACAUGACGAAGUAAGAGUGCUCUCGCGAAAAAGAAGAUUUAUACAGUUUCCGGAAGGCAGUUCUUUUCAAGUUGUCUACGAUCAGACGAUUCCCGUAAUCGGUAGUACCCUCCUGUUCACUGUGGGCGUGACGGUUGCUUUGGCUUAUCAGUUACCGAGUAUUUCGUUUGGUGAAAUUUUUCGAAUGCUCCAGGAACAAGCAGUUAAUGGCACACUCGACCGCAUGGACGUAAACGUCAACGGCACCACUCUCAAUAGGAUAGAUACCAACGUUAAUGUCAACAGUGGAUAUAAUAAACACUCGUACUAUUAUACCAAUCCCAGCAGUGAAAAAAGCCACUUCACCAGCCCAAGUGGAACGAAAAACAUUUUAAGCUACAAUUAUAACGCACAGCAUCCGCAAUCGAAUGCAGGCUUCCCGAAUAAAAUAAGUUAUUACACGGAAGCGAAUGAUUACGGAACCGGUGCGUAUGAUAAAUAUCCCACCAAAUGGCAGCAGCGAUGGAGCAGUGAUUUUGAAAAAUUAUCGCAUAAUUUUGUACCACAGUACAAUUCAACUCGUAAGGAUUGGACAAGUCUCGUAAAUAGGUACUUACAAGACUGGGUUCGUAGACAUCCUCCCAACUAUAAAUUCGGCAGGAAGCGUUUCUAUCCAGUUUUCGGUAAAAGAAGCAUCGAUGAGCACACACAUCCUGAGGACAAGUUUUUUCUGAAUCAUCAUCGAUCGACACGACAUGAUUUGUAUAGGAAAAUAGAAAAAUUCUUGGACACCAAGGGCCAUCACGGUCACCAUUGUGUUUUACGGGCACUUUGUGAAAGUGGUCAACGAAGACACAACGCAAAACCGGAAUCUUUUCUGCGGGAGAUUAUGAAGGCGAUAUUCAGCUUACCAACUACACACGAGACUCCAACACAUCACGCUCACAAAUUGUACGACGAGGCCCACGGACACAUUGGUGAUUGCGCAGAAAAAUAUUCAUUCUGUAAGGACAGCAUUUGGUCGGAUGAUUUUGUGUUUUAAAAUCACAUACGGUGGGAGUGUGCAUGAUUUCCGAUCAAACAAAAGUUGCG